GCCAAAUUUGAUGCCUUUUUUUAUUAUCCGACAUUCUCCUUGCUCGUCUGUGAAAAGUAUCAUCUGCUUGGACAAGGGAUGAAUCAUAGGAUGACUGGAUCAUGAUGUCACCAUGCAGACAUUGCCUCAUUGAAAGAUGACGUUGAAUGUCAUUGUUAUUGUUAGUCAGUCCUCCUGACACUGCACUUAUUAGCUGAUACAUUGUGUAGUCUGUGCACAUCUCUUUCAUCCUUCAAGAAGCAAGUAUAGACUCUCCUCUUUCAUGACUAUCAACUACACUAAUGCUUGAGCUGUCCUAGUCCCAGGCCAGACUCUUGUCAUGAUGUGUAUGUAAUGUGUGUGUACUCUACGUUAAAAAAGAAAACCUAACCCUACUUGCAUCUACGUUUGUUCUGUAUAUUUCCUGUGUACUUUGUAUCUGCUAGUGAUGCUGGCUAUUAUGUCCUCGAUUGUAAGUUGCUUUGGUUAUAAAGCGUCUGCCAAAUGCAAUGUAAUGUAAUGUUAUGUAGUAUGUAGUGGCUAUAGCCCUGUAGCUAUUGGAGCUCAAUGUCUGCUUUAUUUCAUGUCUUCAGUGUUCAUGUUAUGUGGCAUGUGAAGUAACAAACCACACACAGUGCUGCAUGUUCAGAUUCGAUGUAUAUUCUACAGAAGCAAUUUUAAUGUAAUAUUUCAUUGUCAUUUUUACAGCUUAUCUUUCUGUCUUGUGCAUUUUCUUAUGUCCGGGGUGUACAACAGUUCAUGAAUUACUCAGUGGUGAGGUUAAUAACACAAAAGGAAGGGGAGGUGUUUCUAUGUGGACAGGUCCCCAUAGGCUUGACAAAAGAGAUGCUACUCUCGCUUUGCUUUCUGUCUCAUCAUCACAACCGUGGCACAGGACUGGAGGCGAACGCUGGAUAACAUCAAGUCAACGUUUUCACUAGGCAAGUGUUUCAGGUAAAAAAUGGCCAUCACUGGUUUGUUGAAAGCGGAUGACAUCAAAAAUGCAAUUGAAGCUUGCGAAGGUCCAGACACUUUUGAUUUCAAGAGCUUCUUCAAGCUAGCAGGGCUGUGCGGCAGACCACAAGCUGAUCGAGAGCAGGUGUUCAACGUUGUAGACCAAGACCAGAGCGGAUUCAUCGAAGAAGAAGAGCUCAAGUUCUUUCUUCAGAAUUUCCUCUCGGGAGCGCGGGAGCUGACUGUGUUGGAGACCAAGGCAUUCCUGCUCGCAUCAGACCGCGAUGGAGAUGGCAAGAUUGGCAUGGAAGAGUUCUGUUCCCUGAUGAACUGAAGACCUCGUUGCCAUGACAGAGGAUGCUAGAUCGAUUGCCCAUCUUCAUAUAGAGGGAUUCAGUGACACAGUUCAAACAAUAGAGCUCCCACAAGCACAUCAUUAAAGGAGAUUUGGUGCUCAAAUAAAAAUAAACGAAUAACCCCUGUUUAACGAUUUAAGUUUUUUGUAGUGCAUUGCCAGAAUACAUGCUGCUCAUUCACAAAUGUUACCUUUUCAAUGAAUACUUACCACCACCAUCAAAUUCUUAGUAUUCAUCAUGAUUGGAAAAAGUGCACUUUUCAUACAUGAAAAGAUGGAUGUUCUCAAUGUCCGCCAUUUUCAAUUUUUAGCUGCAAAACUGAACAUAGUUUGCUCAUACUGGUAUAUACUGUAUUAGUGCAUUAGUUAAUAUUGCUUUGAAAAUAUUCAUCAUAGUUGCUCUGGUGACCAUCUGGCCACCACCCAUGGCCACCAUCCUA